AUGGAGAUCACCACCAUGUCCCAAGCCAUGCAGCUCCAUGCCCAAAUCCUCAAAGCAGGCAACCAGCAAAACCAAAACCUCUCAAAGCUCUUCACGUUCUCUGCUCUGUCUCCCUCUGGAGACCUCUCCUACGCCCGUCUCAUUUUAGACUCAUUCCCUGCCCCAAACUCUUACUACUACAACACCAUGAUCCGAGCCUACUCUCAAAGCUCCGACCCGAUUCAAGCCCUCCGUCUCUUUCUACCCAUGCUUGAAGACCCGACCCACCACACGCCCCGUCCCGACAAGUUCACAUACCCUUUCCUCCUCAAGUCCUGUGCCCGUUUGAGACUGACCCAUGAAGGAAAACAGCUUCAUGGGUUGAUAGUCAAGUCGGGUCUCGAGUGGGACCGGUAUAUCCAGCACUCAUUGAUACAUAUGUACUGUUUGGGUGGCGAGUCGGGUCUUGCUUAUAUGGUGUUCGACAGAAUGCCUGACAGAGAUGUGGUGUCAUGGACCUCAAUGAUUGAUGGGCUUGUUGAGGAUGGUAGGCCCAUCGAGGCAAUAAGGUUGUUUGAGCAAAUGGUGGAUGAUGUGGUGGAGGUGAAUGAUGCGACGGUCGUGUCGGUUUUGAGAGCUUGUGCAGAGACAGGGGCGUUAGGCGUUGGGAGGAGAGUGCAUGGGGUUGUUGAAAGUAGAGGGAUUGGUUUGAAGGCUAAUGUUAGUAGUGCCCUUAUUGAUAUGUACGCAAAAUGCGGGUGUAUAAAGAGUGCAAGGCAGGUUUUUGAUGACGUUGUGGACAAAGAUGUUUUUGCAUGGACGGCUAUGAUAUCCAGCCUUGCUAGCCAUGGUCAUUGUCAAGAUGCUAUUGACUUGUUCAGUAAGAUGCAAGGUUUUGGUAUUAAACCUGAUGAGAGGACAAUGACUGCAGUUUUAUCGGCGUGUAGGAAUGCAGGUCAGGUUGCAGAAGGUUAUGCAUAUUUGAGAAGUAUGCAAAAUGAAUAUGGAGUUAGGCCUACAAUUCAACACUAUGGAUGCAUGGUAGACCUCCUUGCUCGAGCGGGUCAUUUGAAAGAGGCUGAAGAGUUCAUCAGAAAAAUGCCCAUUGAACCUGAUGUGGUUAUGUGUAGAAACUUGAUAUGGGCUUGCAAGGUCCACAAGGAUACUGAGAGAGCAGAGCGUUUGAUAAUACAUCUUAGGCAGCUAAAGAUGGGUUCAAAUGAUAGCGGAAGUUAUGUACUUAUUGGCAAUGUGUAUGCAUCAGCGGGAAAAUGGCAUGACAAGGCAAGGGUUAGAGAAUUAAUGAAGCAAAAAGGACUAGUAAAACCACCAGGGUUUAGUAGGAUUGAGUUAGAUGGAGAAAUUCUUGAAUUUGCCGUAGGAGAUUCAGGUCACCCGGAAGCAGAAACAAUAUACAGAAAAUUGGAAGAAAUAGAAGAUAAUUUGAGGAAAGAAGGGUAUGAUCCAAAGCUUUCAGAGGUUUUGCUUGAAAUUGAUGAUGAGGAGAAAGCUUUUCAAUUGAGUCACCACAGUGAGAAGCUUGCUCUUGCCUUUGGUCUAAUUAGAACAAGUCCGGGGUCUGAAAUUCGGAUUGUGAAGAACUUGCGAUCUUGUGAGAACUGCCAUGCAGUUAUGAAACUAAUUUCAAAGGUAUACCGACGAGAGAUAAUAAUGAGGGAUCGAAUACGAUUCCACCAUUUCAAGAAUGGGGAUUGCUCUUGCAGGGAUUACUGGUGA